AUGGCACCUCUUCCGCGCUAUGAGGGCACCUUCAGCUUCGUCUCAUCAAGGUUAUACGCGAGCAUCAAGCGCGCCAUCCCUACCUACGACAAGGAAGACCCAAAGACCUGGCCAUAUGUCACUCUGUCAACAAUCGAGAAACUCCGUCCAUACCAAGGAUUUCCGGAUCUGCCUACAGGCGUAGCCUACCAACGAGAAGCGAUGAAGCGAUACGAAGACAUGUACACACCACAAGAGCGAGCAACUGCCGCAUCCGUGAACGGUCCCUUGCAUCAGCGGUAUCCGUACAACUACGACCGAUUCGACGAGCCGAAAGAGAAAGUCGGUAUGUCGGGGGCUGAGUAUCGCAGCUACGUGGCGAAUACAACUCCAAUGCCGUCUACACCACGCGUGCACGAGCGCGAAGAAUGGGAGCAAGACAUCCCCGACAGCGCAAUCGACUGCUCCACGCCUUCAGCUGGACGCAUGCCCUGCCUGUCUCCCACACCAGCAACCCGCACCCAACCCCCCUCCCACUGCACCAACAAAACCUGCACAGACACCCGCCGCGAAGCAGCCAGACUCCGCGGCACCCUCUUCGACAAAGACUCCCAACUCCUCAGCUGCCAAUCCGAUCUCAAAGAAUACGAAACAACCGAGAAGUUGCGGCGACGAGCUUUGGAAGACGCGGAGUACGAGGUCGAGAAGGAGAGGCAACGGGCUGAUGCUGCGGAGAGGGAAUGUAUGCUGCGUAUGGAGGGGAAUAUUAGGUUACAGCAGCGCGUGAGGGAGUUGGAGGGAAGGGUGAAGCAGGCGCAGGAUUUGGAUGGGUAUUGUGUUGAGUUGGAGGGGGAGAUUGAGAGGUUGAAUGGGGUGCGGGAGGGGGAGGGGGAGGAGUCUGAUGAUUGUGAUGAUAGACUGCGCAAGAGGAUGCGGUCUGAGAGUUUGUAG